AACGUCACAAACAUCUGUCAUGUCGUAUAUAUUUAUCCGCUGGCUACUGUCGCGAUAGUAGGCGGAGUUUAUAAUUAUUAAAUUUUUUAGCUCUAACCAUGUUCUCGUUCCACUUUUCGAUAAAAUUCUUUGAUAUAUAAUUUCCGCGUUUUGUGCUGUGAUCGUUACGUCGACGGUGAAGUGAAACAAAGGCUGUGCUAAUCGUUGAUAGUUUCGUAUGAUGUCACAACUACAUCGCGUGAAUCCUUGAAAAUAUGAGUGUUAGUGUUGAAGCGGACGCGUCCAGCCCUCUGUCGGAGGGUCAGAGCGCGGGGUUGGACCAUACCGGGUCGAAGUCAUCAUCAGAUAGUCCAAGUCUCGAUACGACGACCGAGAAUGGUGAGGCAGGUCAGGGCGCCGAGAAAUCGGAGCCGAGCACGCCCAAGCCUCACCCCAUGGCCUUCACGAUCGACUUCGGGGCUUCCAAGCCAGUUGAUAAUCGCAGGCUCGAGGAACUGGCGAAAAAAUCGCAGGCAAGGCAUCAAAGGGUGCAGUCCAUGUCAGCUGGCUUGACACGACCCAGCCCUACGGCUCAGAAGCCUCCCAUGAGCGCUAAGCUGCCUCGGAAAGCCCAAGGAUACAACUCUGAGGGCUACUUCUCCUCAGACCAGGAAGACAGCUGCUUGUCCGGUUCAGUAAAGCUUCGGAGUAGUCCAUUAGCCCAAGAUAAAGCCCAAUUCAUCACCAGUCCCGUUACAAACAGACAUAUCAAGUCACCCAUCCAUGAUAUUCAGCCUAAGAAAACGUCCAAAAGUCCUAUAGUUGAUAGUAUCAUGUCCAGGAGUGACAACUUCACAUCCCGACAAGGUUUGAACCUGCCAUUGAAGAGCGCAAACAGUUCCUACUUGAGAGACGUCCAUAGAACCCCAAGUUACGGUACCUUGAAUUUCUCUUCUAGUUAUCAACGGCCAAUGCCAAACAUAAUAGACCAGAGUCCUGAAGGGGUGCUAUUAACUGAUAUUUCUAGUCCAGAGUUAGAUAUUUUGACCCCGGAUAAUGGAUUGUCAACUCCAGAGAAGAGUCCACUACGCAAAGUCCGAGCCCAGUCUGAAACUCCAGAUUUGUUGUUUAAAAAAUGUAAUUCUAAAGUUGAGCCUCUGUAUAUUGAUGAUGAGGUUGAUGGACAGUCAAAUUCUUCUACCGGUACAUACACUAUUGAAGGAGAUAACUAUACAGAGGAACAGAAAGCUAGAAUGAGCAUAGACAGGACUUUUGGUAGCUCAAUGAAUGAUACGAUCGAGGAAGUCUUCAGGCCAAGUAGUGAAAGAGACCCAGAGCUAGUAUUCGACUAUCCAAACAGGGUAAUAACAAAAGAACCUAGAAGAGAUUCCUUGCGAAGUCCAAAUCUAAAUGAAACUUUUGAAUUUCCGAAAGUAUCUAAAGAUAAAAAUGUUCUAGAAAUCUCAUGUUGCUACGAAUCGCCUUCAGAAACCGAUUUGGCCACACAAACUUCCAAACAGAUCAAAUCUACUCGUAGUUACUUAGAGAAAAUCAAGAAUCGGGUCCGAACAAUAACGGAGAAGACUUUUGCUAAGUCGCCUCCGAAGCAUGGUGACGAGGUAGACGUCGGUAGCUUUACCUCAGUCACUACCUCAGGUGUUUUAAGCUCUAAAUAUCCAGUAAAACAAGAAAUCCCUGUCCGUAGACGUUGUAGCCUAACCAAGUCCGAAAUAGACCAAACGGACUACAUCCACCGUUUGUCCAGAGAAGCUUCAGUACCAGUUUCUUUGCCAAGCAACAAGCCACUAGAAGCCAAAUUCGAGAGCACUGCCCUUAAAAACGCUCAAAAAGCUUUAAGGGAUGACCAAAUGUCGGACCAAGUAGUGGGACUGUCCUAUUUAAGCUUGAACAGAUGUAAGGGUGACAAGACGUGGAUACAGGACUGGGCGGAGAGUGUUAAGAAGUACAAUAACCACACGUUGGGAAGGAAGGAGGACUUGAAUGGGACUUUUACUGUGGACGACGAGCGGCCGCCUAUCAGCCCGCGACACGCUAAACCCCGCAGCCCGCAUGGCAGCGCGACCAAGAUCCCCAGCCCUGUGGGCACUCUACUGCACAGGCAUACUCCGGAUCUCAUCCCAGUCCAAGACACCGGGACGUACCUCCUCAAAACGCAAAACGCCAUCACCAACCUACAAGCCAAGCUCAACUCGCGCCCCACCAUUCCCCCCCUACUCACCUCCAGCCUCAUCAGCGAGAAGACCGCCAUCUCCCGUCUUCCAGUCUCGCAGCUAAGCCGCUCCAACUCACUCAACUACAGGCUACGGAGAAAAGAUACUUCAGGGGAUAACAGUCCUUUGAGAAGUCCGGGAAAUUACAUUAUUACUGGCUCAGCCAAAAUUCCAGAAAGCACAAAAAUUUUACUCAACAGCGCCUCAAGAUCUUUAGACACGGAUAAAAGGAAACGAGAUUCUAAUAUGAACAGUCCUUCCUCAGAAAGAGGUUUGUUAAGCAACAGUUCUGAUGAUAAAACUAUAUCCAACCGUCCGCAAUACGAUGUCGACGCGAUUCUUUCACCCCAUAGAAAACACGUUAGGAACAAAUCUCUAGACGGCCCGGAUUACUUUAACACUGAUAACAGCAACGCAAAUCUAGUUUGUCUCAAGACGGUACUGAAGAACAAUGCUGAAGCAUAUCCGAGGAUCGAUACCCGUUACCAGGGCGACAAGAAACAUCAGAGGGUAGCGAGCGACGGGAAAAAACCUGGCUAUACUAACUACGCUCCGUUCGGCUCUUCUAUAAAACGAUCAAGCUCGUUCAACACCGUUAAUAAGAAUAACAACUAUUUGGAUCCGCAGAGGAUAACCUCUAGAAGAUCGAGCGGACAUUCAGAGGAAUACAAAGACUAUCUAUCCGAUGAGUCUGACAACGGAUCUUAUGAGAAAUCCCAAGAUAGGUACAAACGCACGCAUCGUGGUAGAAUCGAUUCUCCUGAUCUAAAAUCGAUCGCGCCAGCGAAUUCUCCAAAAUGUCCAAAUACUCCAGAGAUGCACAGAAAAUUCGGGCCGGGAUUGGUUAGGAAUUCAGUUCGAGUAACGAAUAAAGAAAGAAUGAGGGCGUCAGAACCGAGGGAAGUACAGAAGCCAGUCGGACAUCAGAGUAGGAGGAUAUCGGAGCCCACGAGGCAGGCGGUGCUGAACAGGCUCACGAAGUCUAGAAGUUCAACGAGAGAGUUCCAGCCUAAAGCUCAGGACAAAGGUCAAAAGAAACCAAGCCAAUACCGUUCAUCCUCUGCACUCGCUUCUAAAGAGGCAGAGUUUAACAACUGGAAGAAACGGUCGUCAUACGACCCCAUGAAAGCGGCCCAGGAGGGAAGGAGAAAGCAGAUGGCCAAGAGGCAGGAGUGUAACAAGGACGACCUUAGUUCUCCCAGCCAUUCAUCGCCAGUUCACCGCUCGCAGUCCUUCCACACCACCAACAUAGCGGACCUCGAGACCCUCGACUACUCAUCCGAAGAGGACCCCAUGACCCUGCCCAUAGACCCUAUGAUCACCUCAACACACUCGGACAUCUUGGACCUCAGGCCGAAGGAAUACCGCGACUUAAGAAGGCAGGCGGUCAAUAAUGAUGUGGUCAUGACGAGGGAUUACGUCACUAAUUUCCAGGUCAACCAACCCGCAGAAAAGCUCAAACGCAGCGUACACACAGACAAACGGAAAACCUUCAUCUUAGAUGACAUAACGCCGACCAAAGAGAACAUAGAUUUCCUCUCCAAAGCCGAAGCCAUAGACAAGAGAAAAACUUUUAUUCUAGACAGCGAUACGUCAACAACCAAUGGCAGUAGUCCUAGGAAUUCGUCCAUAUUUAGCCAUGAGAAGAGUAUGACAACUGGGACUAGUGAUACGGAGGGAGAGAGCGGGACGGAGGAUAGGAGCGCUCCGGUUGUGAUGAGACAGGGAAAGAAGCCGGCGGCACAGGCGAAGCAGCAGAGGUACAGCGGCGACUUCUCCAUGUCCUCAUCUACCACCUCGCUCAAGAAGCCCAAAUCCGUGGCGCCCCGCUACCUCGACAUCUCCAAGUACAAAAACGAGAGCUCCCCGAAGAACUUCCUGCGCAGAGACCCGAGCAAGACAUAUGUGGCUGUGUUACCUGAGCGACCGCAACGAGGCUCCGCACAGCAAAUUGAGAUGGAACAAAAAAAACAAGAAUUAGAAAAGUGGAAACGACGGGCAUCAUACGACCCGCGCAAAGCCGCGGCACUAGGCAAGUCCCCCGGCACCAAGGCCCCGCCCAAAACCGCCAGCAGCGUCCUGCGAUCUCAGUCGUUCCACGGGCCCGUGCUGACGGCGGGUCGCUACCAGCCGCCGCCGCACAUCGCGGAGACAUACGACGCGUCCAGCGACAACGACUUCUAACUAAACGGCAUGAAAGCUAAUUUCCUUUGAACGUUGCUACUGGCAUGCGCUUCCAACUUGCCAGCGGCACUGGCGCCAGUCGCUUGAACGAUGUAAACGAGCCUUCAGUUAGGAGCUAUGUGAUAGUGUGAGUGUAUUUUGAAAUUCGAAUUGCGUGGUUUUUGGCGCGAAACGUUUUUAUGCAAUGUUUUUUUAUUAGUCGUAGAACGUAUUUUCCAAAGCGCGGUAACCAUUUUGAAAACCUUUGGCGCCAAAUUCAAUCGUGAUUUUUAUUUGAGAUUUUUUUGCGUAGAAUACAUGUAAUGAUGCGCAAUCAUAUUAAACAAGUCAUUUUUUAUUUUAUUUGACGAUUAUUUAAGUUUAAGCUGGGGGUUGAGGCAAUUUUGUUUAUUUACAGAUUUAUGAAUUGAAUUGAUAUAGGCUUAUUUACAAUUGGUAUAGAUAAUGGAAUUAUUUGAACCAUUUGGUACUACACUAUGGAAAUAUAUUAAGUACAAUGAUUUAUUUGAGUAUAAUAAUAAUUGAUAGAUAUUUGAGAUUUGUUCAUUGUAUGAUUGUAUAUCAGAGUUAAUAUUAAAUGUUCAUUUGAUGGAUUCGGAAGUUGAACAAAUCAUAAUCAUAAUCAAUGUGAUUUUAUUAUUAAAGAUUACCUACUAUUUAUAAUAUUAUUCCAUAGUAGUGUAGUACCGUCCUGUUUUGUUGUCAAAUUAUUAAAUCGUUAUAUAUAUAAUGCAAUUAAAAUUAAAAGUUUUGUUAUAUAAAUUGGCAUCACUUUAAGUGUAGGUAAGAUCCUUUUAUACAUGUAUCAAAAAUAUGUAGUUGGUUAGUUUUUUUAGUACUAUUCAUAAAUUCAGUAUUUUCUAUGUUGGCUAAUUUUAUUAUUUGAUUAGUUUAAUCAGCAACAAUUUGAAUAGUAUAUUUAAGACAGCUAGGGGAACGGUGGCAGAUGUGAUUUCCAUACAAUUUUUAAACUUAAAACGCAAUAUCUAGCAACAUUGUAUUGAGAUGACAUCUGCGACCGUACAGUCAGCAGCAAUAGUUGCUAAGCGGGCGAAGUGUUCAAAAUGAUCUUGACGUGACUUUAUUGUUAAGAGAAUAAGAGCUCGUCAAGGUAAUUUUGAACACCUUGGACGGUUAGCAACUUCUGCUGCUGACUGUACCCAAGAUGUUUGAAAAAUACUAUAGUAAUGUAUGGACGCCAACAUAAUAUCCUCCUAAACCCAAUCCAAGAAAAAGUUUCAUUUGAAUUUGAAAUCAAUAGUUAAAGGAGUAAGGUUGAAUUUCAUUUGUUUUAAUAUUUAGCGAAAUAAAAGAAAUACAACCGUGUCCAAAUUAAAAUGGUUGAGAUUUCAUUGAAGUAAUCAGUACCACAGGUAGGACAAUGGGCGUUGGGGGGAUAGUGAAAUGUUAUAUUUAUGAAUAGACUAUUGUUCAUUAUUGCUCAUAUCACAUACAUCGAUGUUUGCUAGUAUUCCAUAUGUAUUAUUUGUUGUAGAAACCUAGUUAAGUUUUUUUUUUGUAAGUGCAAUAUUUCAUCACAUUUUUUUCCAUUGAGCAAGUACAUAAUGAAAUAAAAAUGGUAACAAAAUGUGUAUCGAGGUUGCUAUUUUUGUACGUUGCGAUUGAUAUAUUUUAUGCGGUAAAAUACUCAGGUUAUUCAUAAAAUAUUGAAAAUAAUUGUAUAAAAUAGUUGUGGAAAGCUUUAUGAAUAAAUAUGUUGCAAUAUGUAAGUGUAGGAAUUUAAUUAUAUUUCCGAGCAAAAUCCUAUUCUCUGUCAGAGAUUAUUUUUGCUGUUUGUCGCUAAAUUUAAUGUUAUAAGCUACUCGAAAUUAAGAAAAGUGAUCAUUAUUUCUAAGUAUUAUUCCUGUGAUGUUGGCUAUCAUGUAUUACUUCAUUUUGUUCAAAGGGCCAACAUAAUAAUGUAUUAUUAAAUGAUCUCUAUCAUCUCUAUGGUUUUUCUUUCCGUUUAAAAGAUCUGAGUACUUACGAAAUACAAAGUUUUCUGAAUUUGGAGUAGUGAUUUUAGGAUAGUAUUACAUUCUCGGCCUAAUUCGAACAAAGUUUAUCUUAAUCAAAGCGUCACUUUAAACACUGACAGAUUGGUAUCGCACCGCUGUGACAUCUUAUAAGCAUUGUUGGAAUUGGGCCGCGGCUCCGAAUGAUCAUGUUAAUAUUCAGCGUCAUCCACGUAGUAUUUGUAAUAAUUUGAUGUCUAGCAUUUCGUAAAGAAUAAUAUUUAACAGGAAAUUAAUAAUAAAAACUGGAAGUAA